UGUCUCUUCCCCUUUAGCUGGCUCCGCCCUCGACAGGAGCGGAGCAAGCCGACUCUCCUGGCUUGGGGGUCAGCGGGAGACGGCGUCGCUGUUGCUACCUCCAUCGCGAGCAGCAGCGAGAAAUAUGGUGGGCCGGAGUGGCGCCAUCGCCGCCGGUGUGUGCGGGGCCCUCUUCAUCGGCUACUGUAUUUACUUCGACCGCAAGAGACGGAGCGACCCCAACUUCAAGAACAGGCUCCGAGAGCGAAGAAAGAAACAGAAGCUUGCUAAAGAGAGAGCUGGACUUUCCAAGUUACCUGAUCUUAAAGAUGCAGAUGCUAUUCAGAAGUUCUUCCUUGAAGAAAUACAGCUUGGUGAGGAAUUACUAGCCCAAGGUGAAUAUGAAAAAGGUGUUGACCACUUGACAAAUGCCAUUGCUGUCUGUGGGCAGCCACAGCAGUUGUUGCAAGUUUUACAGCAAACUCUUCCAUCACCAGUAUUCCAGAUGCUUCUGACUAAGCUUCCAACAAUUAGCCAGAGAAUUGUGAGUGUGCAGAGCUUGGCCGAAGAUGAUGUGGAAUGAGAAACAUGUCAGCAUAAUAAAAUCUUAAUUAAAAAAAUUUUAAAUAAUUCUUAGCCCAGAAGAUGAGCAGCAAUGGGGGGAAAGGGCAAACAUGCUAGUUAUGGACUAUGUAUUACACUGAAAUCUACCAAAGUUGAUUCUAACUUUGUGUGGGUAGGUUUGCUUGGAUUUUAUUUAUUUAUCUUAGUGAGAAGUGUAUUUUGAUAAAAAAAAAAAAAAAAAAGCUUUUUUUCAUUUUAUAAAUACACUAUGAAUUAUCUAAAAAUCAUUAAUUUCAUUUGUUACUAAAAUAUGCAGUUGUAAGAUACAUGUGACAUGACACUACUACAUGUUAAAAUACCCAGUGCUCAUUUUUGAAAAACAAAAAAGGCAAUAAAAAGAAUUCUGCACUCCA